AUGCGGACCUCCUCUUCUGAGACUAGCAGCGUCUCCUACUCCAAGUCAAACACAUCCGACUCAACCCAAACACCGUCUUCAAGCUCGUCACGUAACGGCACGGAUAUCGAUACAGACUCAUACGAGGAUUCCAACAACAGCUACGACGAUGGAGACUGCGAGUGCAUGGACACGGCUCUACAGAUCCUCGAAGAAGUCGUCAUACCCCCCGUCGGUGCCGACUGGGCUAUGGCGGAGAACACAAUCUUUCUUCUCAAAAACAACAUCUCUCGGUGCCUCAUCCUGUCUCAAUGUCACGGGUGUCGACAAGACUCAGGCAUCUGUAUGUUAAUGCUGGUGAUAUAUGAGAAGCUCAUGACUGGGUUCGAGGACGUCGCGCAAUGGUGGGGCAAGCAGGGCCAUCCUCAGGGAGCCCGGAGCGAUAGCCGUAGUCGCAGAGAAAGACAUCAUCGUCAGCCGCAGCAGCAGCAACAGCAACAAGAACAACAACAGCCGCAACAACAGCAAAGAUCGUCUGGGUCGAGGCAACUCCAACCAAAAACCCGGAUUACAAUGGGGAGAUAUCAGAUCGAUACUGCCGAAGAAUACCGGGCUGUGUUCGCGACCAUCAUCGCCUGCCAACUCCAACGACUCGCUGGACUUUCAUUGUUGAUUAUGCAACAUAGCAAGAAGGUAAAGUGGUUGGCGCAUGUGCAAUAUGGAGAAGGACUAUGGCUGAGGAUGAACAAACUGGAGGAGAUGUGGAAAUGUGGAAAAACGGCCAACGAAGUCACGUCUCUACGACUGUGGUAA